AUGAAAAGAUCCCGUAAAGCAGCCAAUCCAUCAAAAACCAUUAAAACAUCAAGACAAACAUUAUUUAUAGAUUCAUUAAUGAAUACAUUUCAAAUCCAAACCGACGCAUCAUCUCCUAUUCUAAUGACGUCCACCGAUGAUGAACUAUCUAACUUGCCCCAAUUCGAUCGUAUCGACGAACAAGAAAAUAAUGACGAAACUAGUAUUGAUAUGAACGAAGAAUCUUCUAUUACACAUAAUUCAGUAUCAUUAAAACGACCACGAUUAAGUUAUAAUAAACGUUUAGAAGCUAAUGCACGUGAACGUGAACGCGUACAUAACUUAACCGCUGCAUUCGAAGCAUUAAGACAAGUUAUACCUAUGUAUGGUGAUCAAUCAAAGUUGAGUCGUUUAUCAAUAUUACGUAUAGCUUGUUCAUACGUACAUGUUCUUGGUGCAUUAAAUGAAAUUGAUUUCAGCCAAGGACAAAAUGCGUACACACUCAAUGAAUCAUUUCAUAUGCUUUCAUGUACAAUUUUAAACGAACUCAAACGAAAAAAGAGCAAUUAA